UUUUACUUUUCAUUUUCAGAAGAUGAGGACAGAAGUGAUAGAAGGCAACAACACCAAACCUAGUGCUCCUCUGCUGGCUCAACGGUACCCAAGAAUGGUCACUAAAGAUGGCCACAGCACACUCCAGAUGGAUGGUGCCCAAGGAAAAGGACUUGCAUACUUAAAAGAUGCUUGGGGAAUACUAAUGGAUAUGCGCUGGAGAUGGAUGAUGUUGGUAUUUUCUGCUUCUUUUGUCCUCCACUGGCUUGUUUUUGCAAUUCUCUGGUACUUCUUAGCUGAAAUGAAUGGGGAUCUGGAGAUUGAUCAUGAUGCCCCACCUGAAAACCAUACUAUUUGUGUAAAGUACAUCACUAGCUUUACAGCUGCUUUUUCCUUUUCACUGGAGACACAGCUCACUAUCGGUUAUGGCACAAUGUUCCCAAGUGGAGACUGUCCAAGCGCAAUUGCUCUACUUGCUAUACAAAUGGUACUGGGUCUAAUGCUGGAGGCCUUUAUCACAGGUGCAUUUGUAGCAAAAAUUGCCCGACCAAAGAAUCGAGCUCUCUCCAUCCGGUUCACUUAUCUUGCAGUCGUAACACACAAAGAAGGAAAGCCAUACUUAAUGUUCCAAGUGGCUAAUACUCGCCCAAGUCCACUCACCAGUGUUCGGAUUUCUGCAGUUCUUUAUGAAGAGCGUGAAACUGGUCAACUGCAUCAAACUACUGUGGAUUUCCAUUUGGACAGCAUCACUUCUGAAGAGUGCCCAUUUUUUAUUUUUCCCUUGACCUAUUACCAUUCUAUUACACCGUCAAGUCCUCUAGCCAUUGUUCUACAAAGGGAGGCUCAUCAUCAUUUUGAGCUAGUAGUCUUCCUUUCAGCCACACAAGAAGGCACAGGGGAAACCUGUCAAAGGAGGACAUCCUAUCUCCCUUCAGAGAUUGUAUUACAUCACCACUUUGCUUCUAUGCUAGCUCGAGGUGCCAAAGGGGAAUAUCAGAUCAAAAUGGAAAAUUUUGAUAAAACAAUCCCAGAACUUCCAGCAGCAGACACUAAAAGUUCAAAAAGGACUGAAAUGGAGAUUCGCAUCAAUGGACAGCACAUUGACAGCUUCCAAAUCUGUGAGACUCAGAUGACAGAAUAAACUGUGAAUGCGUGCCAGUUUUUAAAAAAAAAACAAAAUGAAAUACCACUAUCAUAUCAAUGCCAUCUUUAUCCUCUCUAUUUUAUGUUUGUUUUAUUCUAUGAGUACCUUUGAGUUCAGAACAACAUGCAGAAUAAAGAGCAUAGUAUCCAUGUUACUGGAUGAGCCAUGGAACUGCACCAAAAAAACAGUCAGGGACAAGAGCCAUUGCACAAAUCCUUACAAAACAAAAAAUGCUACCUGCUGAAUUCAAUGGACUAUGAUUAAAACUGCACUGACCUAAAUAGGAGACUUUUGAAUUCAGAGAGCUGUUCAAGGAAUCUAAUUAAAUGCCAUGAGGGUGAAUACUAUGGCAAAAUGGACACAACUUUAUUAAAAAUAUCUCCACUAAAAGGAAUGUUCACCUGAAACUCCCAAGGUCCCACAGGUUUCUCAAAUCAACCUU